AUGAAAGUUACAAGACUUCAACUCGGUGUAUAUGCCAACCAGCAACCAUUUUUUCUAUACUUAUUUCCUUUGGUGGCUUCCUCUCCGUCUCUUUCAAGGACUACUUUAUAUAAACCAUUUUAUCGUUUAAGGGACAUUGAUGUUAUAUUUUUUGAAUCACAAAUAGGCUUCAUACAUAAAUCAGGAAAGAUUCCUCAAAUAUAUUUUGAUACACCUGGAUAUUGUUUCUAUGAACGUUCUGGUGAUAUAUAUUUAGCUGCUUGUGCUAUAAGGGAAACCGGAACUAUAUUAGGAAAUCAUUUGCUUGCCGAAUUUUGCAGUUAUGGUCGAUCAGAAAUAAUAUCGGGAAUGGCCGAUAAAUUAUUAGAAAGUGUUGAUAUAAGUCGUACACCUGCUGUAGAAGCAGAGUUUGAAUUUUUUACAGUAAAUUCAACAACGUCACCAAAUGAUGAACAUUCAAUUCUACUACCGAUUAGUGGAAGGAAGCGCAUGUCCCUAGAGGCAGUUUUAGAUUUCACAGAUAAUAAAAGAUGUUCCUCAAUCGAACGCACAGUUUCGCCCUCAGAAUCAGAUAGGGGAACACCGAUUAAACAAGAACCUUCACCGGCUUAUUCUGGAAGCGAGCAUUCUAACUCUUCUUCACCAAAUCAUUCGCCUAGACCACCACAUUCACCUUCGUCACCAUUACUUUCUGGUGAAGUAGUAGAAGAAGAAAUUAGAACAAAUAAGAGGAGACGUGUUGCUGCAUCAGCUAUAGGAUCUAAUAAUAUAAAAGUUACUAAUAAUCCAGAAGUUAUGGAACAGGUUAGAAACACUCUUAAAUUGAAGCAGCAACAGAAAGCUAUAAUUGAAGCGAGACAACGACAGGCACAACAACAAAUUUUACAACAAAAAAAUUUUGUUGAUAGAAGGCAUUCUGUUGCUGGUUAUAAUAAUUCGGCAGCUCAAAGAUCAAUUAACACAUCUUCAAGGAAUACAUCACAAGGUGCUUUAGAUUCUAACAGAACCUCUAACGCAUUGUCAAAGCGAAAUUCUGUUUCAAAUAGAAGUAAUCGUAAUUCAAGAAAUCUUAGUGUUUUUGCUCCACCUUAUAAUGAUGGUUCAAUCGUGGUAUCUUCCGCCUUACCUAGCGUUAGUAAAGUUCGUGGACAAAAUUCUGCGGGUCUAGCAUAUCAUGUGCAAUCACCUAUGACAGCUCCAAUUUCAUUAAAUAGAUCAGCUCCAAAUAGACAGAGCGUUUCUGGAUUUCCUUUAUCAGCAAACUCAGCUUUUCGUCCUACAGGCCAAUCUUUAAAUACACAUUCUGCUUCUACAAGUGCAAGUAUAAAUGGACUUAUUUCUCCUAAUAAUAUAAAUGAUGUUCGAUCCGGUAGAAUUUCUUCAAGUCCUCUUCCUAGUCCUAAUCCAUCUCGUAUAUCUAUGUCUGUUACAAACCCAACGUCAAAUGGAGAACAACCAUCCAAAGAAUCUUUUAUUCAUCUUUUUGAUUCAUUUUAUGAUACAGUAGCUGACACUCGUUCACUUAAAACCACACUUGAAGAUCAAAUUCGUAAGACAACUACCCUUCUUCAAACGCUUCAAGCUUCAGGAAGUAUGAUUGAAAGUUUAGUUCGUGGACAUUUUCGUGAAAUGCAAAGGGAAGUUGUCAAUGAUUUGAUGACUUUAGAGAAACGCCUUUCAAAGGUUGAAGAACGUAUACGUAGUAGCGCAGCUGUUGUAGGAAUGGGUCCAAGUCCUCCGUUGGAUCCAGAUAGAAGACUAAGCGACAUUAGCACAACAUGUAGUGAUAUAGGACUUAGUCAUAAUAAGGACACUUCCACCUUAACUCAAGAUGCAGAUAAUAGUUCAUCGCAAUAUUUAUCUGUUAGUCAACUUACUAACUCUAGUCCACCAUUGUCUGCUGUUUCUUCGAGUAGUGGUUCUGAGGAGUCUCAAACCAAAGAUUAUCAAGAUAUUUUGAGUGGUUUGAAAGCCCGGUUAGAAUCUCUGGAAAGGCGUAUAUCUGUUUCUUGA